CUAUGCAUCAUGGUAUGUCAGUUUAUGCGUAUGUCGUACAGAUCGAAUACGUGCAGUAGAUAAUCAAGAACGUCAUGACGCACGUAACGUCACACCAUCACGUUUAGCAAACAUUUCAUCAAGCGCUGUGAAGGGUGGUUAAGCGUCCACACCGCGUAAGAUGAUUGACAGCUGUCAGCUUUAAUUCACAGCAGCAAGAGUGAACAUUGAGUUAUUCACACAGAUGAGCGGAGGAGCAUUUUGUGACUUCUCGAAGAGAAAACCACGAGUCAAUGCAGCCGUCAAUGCUCAAUGCUAACCGGAUCUGUUCAGAAACGCGCUGAUCAUGAGCUCGGAGACAUAUGUGAAGGACAUUAAACCCGGACUCAAGAAUCUCAAUAUCAAUUUCAUUGUGCUGGAAACAGGUCGAGUGACAAAGACUAAAGACGGUCAUGAAGUGCGCACAUGCAAAGUGGCUGACAAGACAGGCAGCAUCAGUAUAUCAGUUUGGGAUGAGGUUGGAGGACUUAUUCAAGCUGGUGACAUCAUCAGACUUACCAAAGGUUACGCAUCAGUUUUUAAAGGCUGUUUGACACUGUACACUGGAAGGGGAGGUGAGCUGCAGAAGAUUGGAGAGUUCUGCAUGGUGUACUCUGAGGUGCCAAACUUCAGUGAACCAAAUUCAGAAUAUUUGGCCCAGAUGAAUAAAACAGGAUUGAAUGACCAGGGCAACAUGAACAGCAGUGUUACUGCUUCUGCAGGAAACGACACUCCAAAUGGAAAUGGGGUAAAUUCUCAAAGCACAAACAAACCAGCUGGUGGGCGAGCAAAUAGUGGAAAUGGAAACAGGUCGACAUCAAGUCCUGGUGUGGGAGGAAGUACCAUUGUAAGCAAUGGGAAGGAGACACGGCGUACAGUCAAAAGAUGAUUUAAAUGAAUAAGAAUAGCAACAUUAUUUUCUUACGCAGUCAUAUUUGGCUCAUGUUAAAGUAAACACACUUUGGGGUUGUUUCCCAUAUGAGGCUUAAGACCUUAAAUCCUAGUCUAAAGAAAUAUUGUUCUGUCCGAACGGAAAACAGCUUGCACAUCUUUAAAUACAUGAGUCCCAUUGUUUUGUCUCAAAACACACACAGCCAAUGAUUUUUGUAAGGCAUGUUGGUUAAAGUAGGACAUUUAAUCGUUUUUACAAAUGCCUAGACCUGGCUUAAUCUAACCUCUGUCCAGGAAACCGCCCCCAUACGUAUUGUUUGUAUUACUCUGUACAGUCUUGAAGUUGAAGUUUACCCAUCAACAUACCUGUUCUAACAUUUUCUAUUGUAAUGUUUUACAAUGUAAUGUCCAUUUCAUUUGUCAGCUAAGAUUAGACUAAAUAAAUCUGAGCAGGUUAACAAAAUGAGCAGUAACCUGUGGUUUUAACAGAUAAGAUAGAAAGUGCUGUUUGUAUACAUACACUAUUUGUAUGCAGCCCAGCUGCAAAUGCUUUGGCAAUACGAAUGUACAUUUUGUCAUGCCAAUAAAGCACACUUGCAUUGAAAUUGAGAAA